UUUUUUUUUUUUUUGUAUGCUUUAUAUAUCCUUAACAAAUGACUGUUAAAACAUUUAAUAUAUGGAACUCGGAUAAUGUUGAAGUUCAUACUAAAUUAUUUUUUACAAAUAAACGCUGUACUAAAGGAAUAUCGUAUACGCAGCUAAAAGAAUUUACUAGAGAAGCUUUUAGUAUAAAAGAUAACACUGAUUUUUACUUUAGUACUAAUAAUAAAAAUAAUGAAGCUAUAACUAUUAGUUCUGAUGAAGAGUUUAUGGCUUUUAUACAUAGCUCUCCAAUAAACAUAAAGACAUAUAAUUUCAAAAUUACUUAUUCAAGAAAUUUAAACAAUAAGGAAGUAAUUCAACAGGAAACUUCUUCUUUAAAAGAUUCUGGAUCGAUUCAAGCGAUGCUGAAAAACUUGGAGUUUGGUAUAAACAACUUACAAUUAACAAUUGAGGAAAAUUGUUCGGCAGAAACAAUCGAUAACGUCAUAAAGACAAUGUUGGAAGAACAACUUAAUAAACCUAUUCAUUCCUUGUUAAAUGAUUUAGAACUUGAAAUAACUAAUUUACAAGCGACUCUUGAAAAAACAAUAGCUAGCACAAUAGAUGAUGCCAUAAAAAAUGUCGAAAAGAACGUUGUUAGUAAUGUAGUUAAAACAGCAGCUGAAGCAGCAGCUACCCAUGUUUAUCGAUCAUUUUUACCACAACCUACACAGUUUGAUGUCAUUUGUAAUGGAUGCUAUUCUCCUAUUAGAGGUGCAAGAUAUCAUUGUGAAACCUGUGAUGAUUUUGAUUUAUGCAGUAUUUGCAAACGUCAUAUAAACCAUAACUCAGAACAUAAUUUCCGACAAAUCGACACUAACUCUGUGCCUGAGCAACAAGAAGAAACAAAAACGAUUUUUGUGUGUGAUUAUUGUGACUCUGAUAUCGUAGGUGUCCGACAUACUUGUCGUUCCUGUCCAGAUUUUGAUUUAUGUCACUCUUGUUUCUCAAUUUUUAGAGAAAAUCAUGCAAAAGACCAUGAAUUCAUAACCCAGCUUGUUGGUACACAAGCAACAAACUAUAAAACGAGACCAACUAAUACCACUACCACUACUGCUAUUGCUACUGCUACUGCUACUGCUACUGCUACUGCUACUACGAAGUCUGAGCCUUUAUCAGCUGAGCAAAAACGUCCUCUUGUCCAACAUUUGGGGGUUCAAUGUGAUCACUGUCAAUCAAAUAUUGAAGGCAUUCGAUAUAAGUGCGGGCAUUGUGCUAAUUUUGAUUUAUGCGAAACAUGUGAAGAGCAUGCUUUAUUAAUUCAUGAUAAAAGACAUUUAUUUAUUAAAAUCAGAUACCCUAUUCAAAGUAUCAUUAAAAAGCCAUUGUUACCAAAAAUCAAAACCUUGAAUCAAAUAUCCAAAAUGGCUGUUGCUCAACAAAAGAUGGUUUCAAAAAAUGUGGAAGUUACCUUAUUACAACAAAUGCCAUCAGCAUUUCCUACAACAGAGUCUACAACAGAGUCUACUACCAAUAAACCAAUCAUAGAUGCUACUUUUAUUGCAGAUUUGAAUAUCCCGGAUGGAACAUUAGUUAUACCAAAAAGGACAUUUAUUAAGAUGUGGAAGAUAAAGAAUACAGGUAACAUUGAAUGGCCAGCCGGCACUCAUCUUCUAUUUAAUGGAGGCUCGAUUUUAAGACCAUAUCCAAUGUUACAUCCCGACUCCUUUGCUGUACCAGCUCUUGGUCCCGGUGAAGAUACAUGUUUAACAGCUGAAUUACAAGCACCUGACUCACCAGGCCAUUAUAAAAGCUUCUUUUGUCUUUGUACACCUGAUGGCAAACGCUUUGGCGAUGAUUUGCAGUGUAGUAUAAUCGUAGAUGAGGAUUUAGAGCCUGAGAAAAUGGAACCUACCCUCAUUCAAUCUGUGAGUAAGCCUAACUCUGAUAAAUACAGAGAUUUGACAACUGCUAUGACAGAUACUUCCUCUGUGAUAACAGCAUCCACUUUACAUACAUACACAAAUAGUCAAAUCAGUAGUCCAACCCAUUCAGAACUGUAUAUUAGUGAACAUAGCUCUGAUAACGAUGAACAUUAUCAUUAUCAAACAACAUCAAACGAAGAUUAUACGGAAGAUGAGUUUGUGUUUGUUAAUGAAAAAUAUGAUGAUGAUAAGGUAUUAAAGCCUGCCUCAGAAAACAUGAGGUCAUCUUCAAUACAUUCUGUAAAUACAGUUAUAUCUGAAAAGCAAAAAGACAAUUCAUUAAUGUAUCAGUCGCAAUUGAUACAGCUUCAUGAGAUGGGAAUCACCGCUUGUGACGAUUUGGCUAUAAGUCUUUUAACUCUAUAUAAUGGUGACGUAGAAAAAGUAAUACUCAAACUUAUUGAAUAUCCAUAAAAUGUUUAUAUUAUGUUUUUUUUCUUUUUUUUUUUAAGUAUUUAUUGGAAAAAA